GACUGGAACUGAGUCUUAGCACAGGAAGGUACAGUUCACAGAGAAACUGUUUCAAAAAGUAUUUGACUGAGGAAGCUGUAAUAGAAUAUCUGGGUUUCAUACCAUCAGGAUGUAUCUGUCAUCUGACAGGUAUUCAUCACCUGUGCACACCUGGCACAAGGCUAGGCUGUGUCUGCUGGGGAAUCUAGGGGUGGGGAAGACAUCUCUGAUCACAAGGUUCAUGUACGACAGUUUUGACAACACAUAUCAGGCCACAAUAGGAAUUGAUUUUCUCUCAAAGACCAUGUAUUUAGAAGACAGAACGAUACGAUUACAACUAUGGGACACUGCAGGCCAGGAGCGCUUCCGAAGUUUAAUUCCCAGUUAUAUCCGAGAUUCUUCAGUAGCUGUAGUAGUAUAUGAUAUUACCAAUGCCAACUCAUUUCAACAAACUUCCAAAUGGAUCGAUGACGUGCGAACAGAACGAGGGAGCGAUGUUAUUAUCAUGCUUGUGGGCAACAAAACAGAUUUAGCAGACAAGAGGCAAGUGUCAACAGAAGAAGGGGAAAGAAAAGCUAAAGAAUUAAAUGUUAUGUUUAUUGAAACCAGUGCUAAGGCUGGAUAUAAUGUCAAACAAUUAUUUAGAAGAGUUGCAGCAGCGUUACCGGGCAUGGAACAAACAGAAAACAAGAAAGAUCAAGACACCCCAAUUGAGCUAAAAUCUCCAGAACCAACGGAACUGGACCAAGAAGGAGGCUGUUCCUGCUGAUGUAAACCCACAUAUGAUUGGAUGAUUGCUACAUUUACCCUAAUUGGUGGAGACAUUUGACUCUAAAUAAAAUUGAUUGGAUCGAAAAAUCACAAAAAAAGUCAUCAAUAACACUGAUUGGCCAGCAUGAAACAUUACUGUAACCAAUGAGAUGGCCCGUACUAUACUGUUUCCAUGGUAAUGUUAGUCUGUGGCUUAAUAUCGCUGUAGACCAAUUGGUGUUCUGUAUGACACUGGACUUCAAGACUGUUGAUAUAUGUAACGCUACAUUCACACGGAUCACCAGUUGAGGUGAUCCGGUUCCAGAUCCGGUAUUUUUGCAAAUAUAAUUAUGUUACUAUUCAUGAUGCUCUACAAGUAAGCGCACUUUGGCACGUUCCGUUAAGACCAAGAAAACUGAUUGCAAUCAUUCAUGCGUUGAUUACUGUAGCCUAUACUGUGGAUGCUGAGUACAGAAUGCAAUCAGUUUUCUUUCGUCGCUGUGUGUGUCUGCACGGCAGAGGAUCGGAACUGAAGCUCAACAGGUUCGACCCGUGUGAACGAAGCCAAAGAUGUAAGAAAUGUCAAAGCUUGGCAGGAUCUCAAAGAUUCCCAGUAUAUUAGUGUAAAUACAGAUAUAGUUCUCUUAAGUAUAGCUUUUCUACAUUGUAUAGCAAGGGCGUGAUACCAAACGUGGAACUAUAUCUGUGUAUGGAUCCAACGUUAAUUAGCAAAUAGUUCGUGUGUUAGGUUUGUAGCAAAUGUUAGUUUUCCUUCAUCUUCUUCCUACAUGUACAAGAGACAUGGCCAGAUAGGCUUGGAAAAAGCUCUGAAUUAUUUGAGAUUACACUUAUGUCCAUAUAAUAUAGUUACAGCUAUUGCCGCCAACGAUAGAAAUGAUAGGCAAUUGUUACAGAUGUCAAAUCUAGUUAUUACAAAGCGUAAUGUCGAAAUGCGCACCCUUAAGGUGUGACAGUUUAACUGAACAGUAUAUAUAUAUAUAUAUAUAUUUAUGCGACAAAAUGGAAAUGGACUGGGAGAACCAGACGAAUCAAUUAUUCCCAAGGCCACGCCCCUAACCCCACGUGGUCAGAACACCCCCAGCUGGUACUCAGAACCAGAGGCCAGCUUUGGGAUGAAGUCAAGUUCAUACAUAAAUUCUUGAUCACCUUUACAUCAUGCUAAAAAACUGCUGUUAAUACAUUGAUGCUGUACUCUAGACUAUUGCAUAGCAGCAAAAUUAAUUCAACAGCGUUUGUUUAUUUUUAUUUAUUUUUUUUUAUUU